AUGGAUGUGGUUCAAGCCGUCUCCGGCUACAUCAGCAAGAUGGUGUCGGCCGGAGACAGCGCCACGGCGGGCGCAUCCGCAAAGAUGAAGAUCCUCUUGUUGGAUAAGGACACCGUCUCUAUUGUCUCCACCGCCAUCACACAGUCGUCACUACUCAACCACGAGGUCUAUCUCAUCGACCGCCUCGACAACCAGAGCAGGGAGAAGAUGCGCCAUCUUAGGUGCCUCUGCUUCGUGAGGCCAUCCGCGGACUCUAUCCAGUUCCUGAUUGACGAGCUGCGAGAGCCCAAGUACGGCGAGUACUACCUGUACUUUAGCAACGUGGUCAAGAAGUCGGCACUGGAGCGCUUGGCCGAAGCCGAUGAUCAUGAGGUGGUCAAGGCCGUACAGGAGCAUUUUGCCGACUUUUUGGUCAUCAACCCAGAUUUGUUCACGCUCAACUUGACACUGCCACAACAGCGGAUAUGGAGCGGAAGUCCAGACAUGUGGAACACCGACUCUCUCCAGAGGACCACUGAAGGUUUGAUGGCCGUACUCCUAUCAUUGAAGAAGAAACCCCUCAUAAGAUAUGAGAAAAACAGUUUGUUGGCCAAGAAAUUGGCCACAGAAGUCAGAUACAACAUAACACAAGAAGAGCAGCUCUUUGAUUUCCGAAAGGUUGACACUCCGCCAAUAUUGCUCAUAUUGGAUAGGCGAGAGGACCCAGCCACGCCACUCCUGCAUCAAUGGACGUACCAGGCAAUGGUACACCACCUAUUGGGUAUCAACAAUGGACGUGUUGAUCUCGGAGACGUCCCAGAGAUCCGCCCUGAGCUCAAAGAGAUUGUCCUUUCAGCCGACCAAGAUCCCUUCUUCAAGAAGAACAUGUAUCUCAACUUUGGUGACCUAGGCGGUAACAUCAAGGACUAUGUGGAGCAAUACCAGUCAAAGACAAAGAACAAUGCAAACAUUGAGUCCAUCACGGACAUGAAGCGCUUCAUUGAGGAAUACCCCGAGUUCCGAAAACUGUCUGGAAACGUUAGCAAGCAUGUCACUCUAGUCUCUGAGCUGAGUCGGAGGGUUGGUUCAGAGAACUUGCUGGAAGUCAGCGAGGUCGAGCAGAGCCUAGCAUGCAAUGAUAAUCAUGCCACAGAUCUCAAGAACGUUCAGAAGUUGAUUCAAAACAUACAAGUCUCGGAAGAUGCAAAAGUAGGUCUGGUAGCGCUCUAUGCUCUUCGAUACGAGAAAAAUCCUUCGAAUCAACUGCCCAUGCUGGUGGACCUUUUGACAGCAGCAGGCGGUGUUUCGCCGCGAAGAGCAGACCUGGUGGCAAAACUCCUGAUAUAUCAUGGUUCCCUUCAACAAACCCAAGCUGCCGGUGGAAUCACAGAUAUAUUUGAGCCCGGUGGCAUUUUCUCGGGAGCCCGCGGCAUCAAAGGCCUCAAGGGAGUCGAAAACGUCUACACGCAACACUCGCCUCAUCUAGAGACUACGCUACAGAACAUGAUCAAGGGGAGAUUACGAGAACAACAGUACCCGUUUGUCGAGGGCGGCGGGACUACGAGAGACAAGCCCCAAGAUAUUGUGGUGUUUAUAAUAGGAGGUGCAACUUACGAAGAGGCAAAGAUGGUGGCGGGCAUCAAUGCUUCUUCUCCGGGUGUUCGAGUAGUUCUAGGUGGCACUGCGAUACAUAAUGCUGCAACCUUUUUGGAAGAAGUGGAUGAUGCUGUGUCAUCUUGGCCGGAACCUCCUCCUACAACGGUUGCUGGAAGGCUGCGAAAGGAGAUAGGUAGAAGGUGA